UUUAUUUCGGAAAGUUGAAGUUGUCUAUGCUCUCUUGUACGAGAAAGUUGUAAAUAAUUUUACGUGAAAUUUUGACUAAUUUCUUUUUUACAAGUGAUAUCUAAUCUCAAAGUGAAUUAUUUAUUGUUAUGUGAGCUUGAACAGUGAUGGGUUUCCAUAAAUGGUGUACCAUAUGAAACAAAAAACUAUCAUUGCGCACGAUACCCCAACGCCAUUUUGAGGCGAAAUUUUAUAUAUAUCGGGUGGCGCAGAGGAUGGCCCGGGGUGACGGUAGAGCUCUAAUUAACUGACGGACGUCGCCGGCUUAUAGCUGGCGCAAGCAACUAAAAUGCCUCGACCUGGCAGUCUCAAGGACCCUGACAUAGCAGAGCUAUUCAGUAAACAUGAUCCAGAUAAAAUAUUCGAAGAUCUCCGGGAGAUUGGCCAUGGGUCCUUUGGGGCGGUAUACUAUGCUCGCUGCAAUCUCACCAAAGAGAUUGUGGCGAUCAAGAAAAUGUCCUACCUGGGAAAGCAGAGCGAAGAAAAAUGGCAGGAUAUUUUGAAGGAAAUCAAAUUCCUAAAGCAGCUGGAACAUCCAAAUACCAUAGAGUAUAAAGGCUGCUACAAAAGAGAGCACACAGCAUGGCUGGUCAUGGAGUACUGUGUUGGGUCAGCUUCAGACAUCAUAGAGGUCCACAAACGCCCUCUGCGCGAGGAAGAAAUAGCGGCGAUAUGCGAGGGCGUGGUCUGUGGUCUGUCAUACCUACACAGCCUGGGCCGCAUCCACCGCGACAUAAAGGCUGGCAACAUUCUCCUGACGGAGAACGGCACUGUGAAGCUGGCGGACUUCGGCAGCGCGAGCAUCAAGUGUCCAGCCAACAGUUUUGUGGGCACGCCUUACUGGAUGGCCCCGGAAGUCAUCUUGGCUAUGGACGAAGGGCAGUAUGAUGGGAAGGUGGAUGUAUGGUCUCUUGGCAUCACCUGCAUCGAGUUAGCGGAGCGCAAGCCGCCAUACUUCAACAUGAAUGCCAUGUCUGCAUUGUACCACAUAGCGCAAAACGACUCGCCGACGCUACAAGCGCCAGAAUGGUCUGAUACAUUCCGGUACUUCGUUGAGGAGUGCCUUCAGAAGAAUCCCCAAGAGCGACCGUCGUCUAACAAGCUCCUCGCGCAUCAUUUCGUCACGCGGCCGCGCUCUCCUAACGUACUAGUUGAUCUGAUACAAAGGACGAAGGCGGCAGUCAGGGAUCUGGACAACCUGAAUUAUAGGAAAAUGAAGAAGAUCCUCAUGGUGGAUGCUGACAAUGAAAGCGCUAUUGGCGACAGCGAGGAAACAACCGAAGAGCGGUCGGGAGGCGAUAGCUCUAAAUCCAACUCGGCGACUUCGGAGCACAGUGCGGCGGGUGCUUCCAGCCAAAGUUCUUCUUCGGGCAGUCUACGCCGCCGCCCACACCCUUUGAACGCGAACCACCAUAGUCAACAUCAACAAUCGCAGCAGCAGUACCAGCAUCACAACCACAAGCACGCGGCGCACGCGCAAAGAGAGAGCGAGAGCCCUCUGCCGACCUCGCACGACGAUUACGUCAAUCGCGAUGUACUACGGGACUACGCGAAUCGCGAUUCGCUUUGCGACGAUUACGGCGGCGAUGACUACGCGAAUAGAGACGUGAUUCGCGAAGCUCAGAGGGAGAGAGAGAGGGAGAGACAAGCGAACGAGUACAGAGAAUACGUCAACGCCCCGUCCACGUGGCAACAGGACAGCGGGGACGAUAACAGGAACACGCAGCGGAGGCAGACGAAUAGGAGUAUAAGCAACAAUGUCUCCGCUGCAAUGUCCUUAGUAUCCGAGCAUGGUGCUAACAACUUCGCGACCAUUCGAACUACUAGUAUUGUAACCAAACAGCAGAAAGAACACAAUCAGGAGAUGCACGAGCAGAUGUCUGGCUACAAGCGGAUGCGGCGCGAACACCAGGCGGCGCUGCUGAAGCUGGAGGAGCGCUGCAAGGCCGACGUCGACGCGCACAAGGCGCAGCUCGACCGCGAGUACGAGGCGCUGCUGCAGCAGCUGUCGCGCGAGCUGGAGCGGCUGCAGACCAAGCACGCCCAAGAGCUUGAACGCAAGCAGAAACAAAACGCGGCUGCCGAGAAGAAGCUAAUAAAAGACAUCACGGCGCGCCAGGAGCAAGACCGGAAAGCGUUCGAGGCGCAGCGCAAGCGCGAAUAUAAGGCCAAUAAGGAGCGGUGGAAAAAGGAGCUCAGCAUGGACGACGCCACGCCCAAACGGCAGAGAGAUGCCACGUUACAGUCGCAAAAGGACAACAUGAAGCAAGCCGAAGCGGCGGAGGAAGCGCGACUGGUGCGCGCGCAACGGGAGUACCUAGAACUAGAGCUGCGCCGCUUCCGACGCCGCCGCAUGCUCGCCGCGCAUCACAAGGAGCAGGAGUUGCUACGCGAGGAGCUGAACAAACGACAACAACAGUUAGAGCAGGCGCAUUCCAUGCUCCUACGCCACCAUGAGAAGACGCAAGAACUCGAAUACCGACAACAGAAAGGCGUUCAUGCGCUAAGAGAGGAGCAGCUGUCGAAUCAACACGCGACGGAGCUGGCUAACCAGCGCGAGUACAUGCAGCGCGCCGAGCACGAGCUGCGGAAGAAGCACGCGCUGCAGCUCAAGCAGCAGCCCAAGAGCCUCAAGCAAAAAGAAAUGCAGAUUCGCAAGCAGUUCCGGGAAACGUGUAAGAUACAGACGCGUCAAUACAAAGCAUUGAAGGCGCAGAUAUUACAGAUGACUGCCAAGGAGCAACAAAAGGAAGUGAUAAAGUCUCUGAAGGACGAGAAGCGGCGCAAGUUAGUAUUGCUGGGCGAGCAAUACGACCAGAGCAUCACCGAGAUGCUGCAGAAGCAGACCGUGCGCCUGGACGAGAGCCAGAUGAUGGAGUGCCAACAGCUGAAGAUGCAACUAGAGCAUGAGUUGGACAUGCUGACCGCUUACCAGAGCAAGAGCAAGAUGCAGGCCGAGGCGCAGCGCAACCGCGAGCGCCGCGAGCUCGAGGAGCGCGUGGCCGUGCGCCGGGCGCUGCUGGAGCAGAAGAUGGAGUCGGAGUGCGCGCAGUUCGUGGCGGACCGCGCCGAGCGCACGCGGCUGCUGCACGACCGCCACGAGCGCGAGCUCGACCACUUCGACAACGAGAGCGCGCGCCUCGGCUUCAGCGCGAUGGCGAUAGCGGAAGGCAGCCGGGAGGGCUACGGCGAGGAGGAGCAGUCACUCUCGGGCUCCAUGCUGUCCCUGGCGCACUCCAACUCGUCGGCGUCGUUCCCCGCCGGCUCGCUCUAGUCGCGCCGCGCCGCUGUUGCCAAACCGCCCGUGUCGCUGCCCAGGUUGACCCUCUCCCUUUUCCCGGUCUCGUAUAGCCCCCCCGCUAGGUAGAAACUGGAUCUAGGGCUAGGAAGCACGCCGCGAUAAGCUUUGUCGCGCCAUUUUAUCGAUUUUACGCGAUAAACCCAUACGUUUGUCGUCGAAAAUAAGUACGCCGCGAUUAUAGCGCCAUUUUAUCGAUUUUACGCGAUAAAAACGUUUGUCGUCUAAGAUCGAUAAGAUUUUAUCACGGCGCGCAUCCUAGUCCGGCUGGGCUGCUCCGAAACGAUGUUUAUGAAGUUUCGGGUCUAUCUGCCACUGUCUCUGACACUGCGAACUACAGACUGUUUGUCGACCGAUAGUGAUCGGGCUGUUAAUGAGUAUGAAUUUGUAUGAAAGUGCGCAUGCGAUACAGAUUAAUUGGUAUCGGUCGAUUCCUCUUAUACAAAUUGGAAACUGAUCAAACUAUAGGCCAACUAAACGCAUGUAGUUUGCAGGGUGUCAUAAACUGACAUCUCGCUUUCCGUGAGAUUGAUGGCUACUUCGAAAUUUCGGACGGUUUUCGGAGUUAUCCCGCAGCGCCCGCUUCGGACGAUAUCACUCGGGCGUGUGACGUGACUUCACAAUAGCCAUAUUAGGCCUAUGAUCCACGUUUUCAAUUUUAUAACCUCGUCGGCCUAAAAGUGCGCCGGUUGCUUUUUAUUUUACCUAGGGCGAUGCAAUUUUAUUUUAUUUUCGGCCAUUAUUUUUUGGUCAUAUGAGUACCUCUGCGCACACGUCACGAGUUGAUAACCAAACGAAGCUUGUCAUUGUUCAUGUUAACAUUAGUCGCAAUAGAUAUCCGCGACACUUGGCCCGCCCGCAGUGUCAUGCUCUCUAAGCCGCUUCCGACGUCGGGGCCUUUGGCAACAGCACCAACUAUUCCACAAAACCAUUGUAAUUACUGAGACUGUAUCUGCCCUCCCGCGGACGAGCGAUCCCUGGGCUUUAACGUGGCAUUAUCCGUGUGCUUGAAGCCAAAUUUAAUUUGUAAUUAACGUAUUUUAUGUUGUCUUCCAAACGAAAGUGCGUCAGUAUUUAGUAGUCGACGGUGGUUCGGGAGGGCGUUUCCUAUUCUAUUACACUAUUAAGUUUAUUGCACUCCGUAAAUAUUAACAAUGACGCGCGGUAGACUACGGUAUGGCCCUUCGCUUUGAUCACUAUCCGAAGAUAUUACACUUGACUAAAUCGGUGAUCAAAACGAAGCUAUCGUCUCCACUGCGUGGUCCAUCAGUGUGUUUCUGGUUUUUGUACAUUUCAUCCGACCAUCUUAUUCACUUCACAUGAGGUUGCAUAUCGAAGAAAAUAUAAAAUACUCCAUUUAUACAGUAUUCCCUUGAUUAAUUUUAUUUACUUGUAGAAUAUACAUACACAUUUGAUAUGUGUGCCUACGAAUGGAUCGCAAGGUCGCACCAGAAACAUACUGCUGUCGAAAUAAAGUAUAUUGUAUGAUGUUAACAAAGAGGUUAUUCGCGAGUUUGUGUGCCGAUAGCAUGAUGUUUUAAUGAUAAUGCAAUCACGUGAGAAUGAAACGCUUCUUUUAUUAGUAAUUUUACUCACAACACGUCUCUCGUUCUGUUGAUUCUGGCAACGCAUAAAGACAAAUCUAAAAGAUAUUUUGUCUAAUUAAUUAAAGUAAUAAUAAUAAAAAUUGUUGUUUUGCUCGUAAUGAAUGAAUAAACUAUCCUAGAUUCGAUGGAAUCAUGUCUGAUUGAACGAUCUCUUAGACAUAAGGAAUUUUAUUUCGCUUAUUUUAGUAUAAAAUAUAUAAAACAAACAAAAAAACUUAGCACAUUAGGCCGUCCAUCUAUAACGCAUUCAAACUCAGCAGAAGCAACAGAACAGAGGACCGUAGAAGGCAUGUUUAAUAAAAAAAAUAUAAAGUCUAGUAUUCUUAAUCUACUCUUGUAUAAUAUGUAGUUUUAUGAUAAGUUUCUAUAGUGGUUUUAGCAAAUUUUUCGUCUUGAUACUCCACCAGAACAAGAUUGAGAAAUGAGGCGUAUACCGAGUGUACGUCAGACGUAACACAAACGUUAGCUGCCGCGCGAGCCCCGCCGCCGCCCCGACGCAAAUUAUUAUUAUUUUAAUAUUAGAUAGUCAAAAUUUUUAACAUUCAUAUCAUUAGUUUUUACUUUAGGAACGAUUUAUCAAGAGUGAUUAUUGUAAGUUGAAUUUUUUUAAGUCUCGGACUGAUCGUACUCGUUUAUUGGCCUAUUACGUUUAUCUGUUGAUGUUAAAUUUUAUCGUACCGACGACGCAACAAUGAUCGAUAUAUUUACGUUACGUUGUUAGAUUGUAAUUUGUAGCGCGCUUCACUAAACGAAUUCUAACAAACGUGCAGGUGCUGUCGUAACUUACUGCCGAAACGUCUUUUGUAAAUAUGUAUAACUAUAUUAUUAGCUUACAUACAAAUUGCCUUACGACGGCGAGACGCGCGGGGCUCUGCAUUUUGUAUAUAAUGAACAAUAAUAUAAUAACUAUACAUAAUUUGUUACAUUUUAUAAGGUGCAAAUUCGAUUCGUGUACAUUUGAAAUGCGAUGCAACGGGCCUCGGUGCUGAGGUCGAUAUGUGCUAUUUUGUCAUUAUUUAGUUCACCAAUACGCUAUUGUAUUCCGAACUAAGCAACCAGUCAUGUCUGUAGAUGAUUAUAUUAUUUAAUUUAACGUUGAUUGUAGUCAUAAAAUCCAAAUUUAGUUAAUUCUAUAAUUGAAAAGUAAUUUUUUACUUUAAUAUUUUUUCCUAUCUAAUAUCACAUUGCUUGUAAGCAUCACAUGAUGUGAUCGUACUGUAUUAUUUUGAGUCUGUUAGCUUUGUAUAUUACGUAUUUAUACAUUUCAUGUCUUGACACCUAAGCGAAAUAGGUAUAAAAAUGAAUUUGGAAAAAAUUGGCCUGAAUUUGCUGUUUUCACAAAAAGGGCAAACGAAACAGUGCCAUCAACAUCACUAUUAUUUUUUAUAAUUAAUGGAUGGCGCUGUAAUUUGAAAUUGUUACUGAUGUAGCAAGUACUUUUCACUAUUAUUCCUCCUGAACUGACCAAAUAAAUGACAAUAAUCUCUAGACACAGCCUAUCUCGACUCGUCAUCAUGUCACUGUAAAUACAUUUUAGGCCAGUGUGUAGGAGCGGAGCGAUGAUCAUAGGGUUGAGUUUAUGAGUGUUAAAAAAUCGUAUAAGUAGCCAAAUUGUAGUAUAAAAUUUAUCUUUAAAAGCUUUGGCUUCCAUUAAUUUUAUUUCAUAAUAACGACAAUUUUAUUCAUCUAUAUUUUAGCUUAAUUUUUGCCUUUAUUUUUAUAAAAAUAAGCAAUUUGCCAACGUCACAAGAACAAACGUUAUUUAUUCUAUGUCCAUCGCUACGCUCUACGUUCAUAAAAAAUCUGGAACCGAAGCACUAAGGAAUUGAAUUGUGAGCUGUAACUUCGCUUGCGUGCAAUAGAUGGUCGGUACUUAAGGUAGGCGCCGUAGUGUCGCUGGUAGCCUCGGCCCGCGGGCGCGAGUUAGUGCUUAGGCGCACAUGUCCUUGUUCUAAUCUCCCACCACUUAGCUGUUCUAGAGUUAGUUAUCAGGUUACACCCUUGGACGACCCGCCAGAUUUUUUAUUAUUACAUACAAUAUAGAAGUACCAAACUGUAGCUAGCUCACGUAUUAUGUAAAUUGUAAUUAAAUAAUUUUUAUAUUUUACCAUUGUAUAGACGUUUAUUAUCACUGAUAGGUAGUUAGCGACAUUGAGAGGUGACAAGGUGCGCGCGGCCGCCGCCCGUUUAUAUAGUUUGCGAUUGUUUGCGGCUCGCUCAGUGCACCGUUGUUGUUUUCUUUUAUUUUAUUUUUUGUUAUAUAUUUAAAUAACACAAUGGUAGUUUUAAUAAUUAUUAUCAUUAAUUAUUAUAUUGUAAUAUAAUCUUAUUAAUGAAAAAAAUCAAACCGAAAUAAAUAGAAAAGAAAUCAA